AUGUCUUUCUCAAACGAUGGCUACGAGUGGACCCCUGAAGGUGGUUUGAAGACAGGCCUCCCGACUGAUGCUGUCAUUGACCCUCCGAAGCUCUUACCAAACCCCGAAAAGGAGUUUGAUGUCAUUGUUGUUGGAGCGGGCUGGACUGUCAAGAAGGAUGGCUACGUGUACGAAGUUGGAGGCACUUGGAUUCAUCGAAAUCAGGCCCAAGUAUGGGCUGAAGCUGUUCGGUAUGGGCUUGAUGACAAGCUCAAAGACAGCAUGGAAUUUUACGAGGGAUCUCGGGAGCCUACUGUCAACCGGGACGGCGUCUUGAUCGACAUCCCGUUCACUGACGAAUGGCUUGAUAAUGAGGAAUUUUCCAAGUGGGAUCACAUGUCUUGCCAGGACAGACUUGAUCAGAUCCGAGACAUUUUGACUCCCGAGGAACAUGAGGCUAUCUUGGGAACACUUUUCAGCAUGACAAAGGGUCCCAUGACGAGGCCCUCUUUCGGUGAAAUUCUCCGAUGGUCUGCAAUCAGCGGAGGAUCUAUACAAGCUUUUGGCGAUCACGCGGCACGAUGGAAAUUUGCUGAUGGGCAGACGGCCUUAGCUCGGUCAAUGUUCGACGACGCAUGCUCCUCGGGCAAUUUGUCAUACAGCUUCAAGACCCCAGUAUCACGAAUCAGCACGGAAGCCAACAUGAUCACUGUCACAGCCAAUAGUGGGAGCUCCUUCGUUGCUCAGCACGUCAUAGUCGCAAUUCCGCUCAACUGUCUGAAGGACAUCACGUUUGAUCCCGCACUCCCUCCUCUCAAGGCGGAAGCCAAUCUCCAAGGGCACAGCAACCAUGCCUACAAGGUCUGUAUUGAGGUGGCUGGGAAGGACUGGCGGAACUGGCAGGGCCAUGCUUUUCCAGACAAAGGUAUCCCGUUCCUCAUUGGCGAUGGCAUUACUCCCCAGGGCAACUCCUACCUUAUCACGACACCUGGCGAUUACAUCAAUCCCCAGCAAGAGCCAGAAAAGUUGCUGGAUGCUCUGUAG